AUGAAGAAGAGAGUGGAGAGCGUGUUGGAUUCUCUGGCGAAAUGUGGCGGUUGCAUCCGGCGAAGUAAUAAUGAUGUCACCCUCCCUACUUCUCAGCUCCCUCUAGAUACAAACAACUCGAACCAGGGAUCUUACGGUGAUCCGCAUGCUCUGAGAAACCACAACAUGUCUCAUCAACCGGUUCGACUUCAUAUUCAAGAUCGCUAUGUGGUUAUGGAUAAUGGAAUAGUCCAAGUAACACUCUCUAAUCCAGCGGGCAUUGUUACUGGAAUUAGAUAUGGAGGAAUUGACAACUUGCUUGAGAUUCUCAACCGUGAAACGAACAGGGGGUACUGGGAUCUUCACUGGCAUCCACCUGGAGGCAAGGGAAUAUUUGAUGUGAUCAGUGGAACACAGUUUAGUGUGGUUGUGCAAACUGAGGAACAAAUUGAGAUCUCAUUCAUCAGAAUGUGGGAUCCUUCUCUUGAAGGCAAGGCCAUUCCCUUGAUCAUCGAUAAAAGGUUUAUAUUACUCCGUGGUUCUUCUGGCUUCUACACUUAUGCAAUAUACGAGCACAUGGCGGAAUGGCCUCCUUUUGAGAUUGGAGAAACAAGAAUGACUUUCAAACUCAGAAAAGACAAGUUCCAGUACAUGGCUAUGGCAGAUAAUCGAAGAAGAAUUAUGCCUUUCCCAGAAGACCGGAUGGCGGGAAAAUGCCAAACGCUAGCCUUUCCAGAAGCCGUCCUUCUUCUCAAUCCCAAGGAUCCAAAUCUCAAAGGAGAGGUGGAUGAUAAGUACCAAUAUUCUUGUGAUAACAAAGACAAUAGGGUACACGGGUGGAUAUCUUUUAACCCAGCAGUUGGGUUCUGGAAAAUCACACCAAGCGAUGAGUUCCGAACUGGUGGGCCAUUUAAGCAGAACCUAACCUCACAUGUUGGUCCCACCACUCUUGCUAUGUUUCAUAGUACACAUUAUGCUGGGAAGUUUCAACUGCUUACGGUCGCUGCUGGUGAGCAUUGGAAGAAAGUGUUUGGCCCCGUUUUUAUCUAUUUUAAUUCAGCACCCAAUGGAAGCGAUCCUCAGUUACUGUGGGAGGAUGCUAAAACACAGAUGAUGAAUGAGGUCCAAAGUUGGCCUUACAGUUUUCCUGCAUCUGUGGAUUUCCAAAAGCCGCAUGAAAGGGGAAGUGUAGCUGGCAGACUAUUAGUACUGGACAGGUAUAUGAGCAAUGACUAUAUGCUGGCACGUGGUGCCUAUGUUGGGUUGGCGCUGCCUGGUGAAGCAGGAUCAUGGCAAAGCGAGUGCAAGGACUAUCAGUUUUGGACGACAACAGAUCAUAAUGGCUACUUCGUCAUUAGAAAUGUCCGUACUGGAAACUAUAAUCUUUAUGCAACGGUGCCAGGUUUUAUUGGAGAUUACCGAUGUGAUGUAGCCAUUACCAUAACCUCAGGUUGCAAUAUUGAGAUGGGUGAUCUUGUUUAUGAGCCUCCAAGAGAUGGCCCCACGCUGUGGGAAAUAGGCAUCCCAGAUCGUUCUUGCGCGGAAUUUUAUGUUCCUGAUCCAGACCCGCAGUAUGUCAACAGACUCUUCAUUGGUCAUCCUGAUAGGUUUCGGCAGUACGGAUUGUGGAAUAGAUAUGCAGAGAUGUAUCCUGACUCGGACUUGGUUUACGACGUAGAUUGCUGUGACUACCGCAAAGACUGGUUCUUUGCUCAUGUGGUAAGGAGGCAAGCCGAUGGUUCACACACGGGAACCACAUGGCAAAUCAAGUUUAAACUCGACAGAGUAGACCGUAACGGUACCUAUAAACUGCGGAUCGCGCUAGCAUCGGCUACUCUAGCUGAGCUUCAGAUUCGUGUAAACGAUCCGAAUUCAUCGAAGCCAUUGUUUACGACGGGGCUUAUUGGAAGAGACAACUCGAUAGCGAGGCACGGGUGCCACGGGCUGUACUUGCUGUACAAUGUGAACGUACCAGGUGGUCGGAUGGUUGAAGGGGAAAAUACCUUGUUCUUGAAGCAACCAAGGAACAACAGCCCUUUCAUAGGCUUCUUGUACGACUAUAUCCGUCUCGAAGUGCCCCCUCCAGAUGUUGGAGCUUCCUCUUCUUCCCAGUGA